AUGGGUUCACUACCCAGUCCCGGCGAGUUAUCACCGCCGCGUUCGUCACCGGCGCCACCGCCGAGUUUCGAUGAGUUUCAGCGCCAAACCUCUCUGAUGACCAGCUGCACUCUCCUCUGGAAGGAACUUUCCGAUCACUUCUCCUCGCUCGAACAGGACCUCCAGAAGCAAGCCGAUGCGCUGAAAGCCAAGCUCCAAGCUUUGAAUUCGGAAACUCAGACGUCUCUGAAAGUCCUUGAUAACCGUGAGUCCUCAAUUUCUAAGACGAUGUCUAUAGCCUUUGAAUCACUGGAAAAGGCAACGAAAUCCUCAAUUUCUGGAGCAUUAUCGAAGGAUCUUACUGUGUGUAAAGGUGGGGACGAGAAUGAAGAAUCUGAAGUAGAUAACUCCGAGGGUUUGUAUCUGAAGUUGAAAUCCUUCUGCUGCAAGUUUGCAGCCAGGAAUUUUUGGGAUUUUAUUACAGCGCGAAAGAAAGAACUGGAAUUAUUGAGAUCGGAGUUGCCAAAGGCCCUAAGCGACUGUGUAGAUCCGCCGAGAUUUAUUUUGGAGGCAAUUUCAGAGGUUUUUCCGGUGGAUAAAAGGAAUGUGAAAAUUGACCGGAAUAAUAAUAACAAUCACAAUUUCAGUAAUGACUUAGGAUGGGCUUGUGUGUUGUUAUUGGAAUCAUUGAUUCCAGUGAUGAUGGAUCCAGUGCUGGGGAAGGAGAGGAUGCUGGUGACCCCGACCAUUAAGGGAAAGGCGGAGGAGAUAGCAGAUACAUGGAAGAAGAGCUUGGAGGAGAGGGGCGGUAUUGAGAAUGUGAAGACCCCGGAUGUGCAUACCUUCUUGCAACAUUUGGUGACUUUCGGGAUUGUGAAGAAGGAGGAUGUAGAUUUGUAUAGGAAGCUCGUGGUUGCGUCUGCUUGGAGGAAGCAGAUGCCCAAGCUUGCAGUUUCCCUUGGUCUCGGAGAUAAAAUGCCCGAUGUGAUCGAAGAAUUGAUUAGUAGGGGACAGCAGGUUGAUGCUGUACAUUUUACCUAUGAAGUUGGCCUUGCAGACAAGUUUCCCCCAAUUCCUUUGCUGAAAGCUUUUCUGAAGGAUGCUAAAAAGGCUGCUACAUCAAUUUUGGAGGAUCCCAACAAUUCUGGUCGUGCAGCGCAUCUAGCUGCCAAGAAGGAGCAAUCGGCAAUUCGUGCUGUUCUCAAGUGCAUCGAGGAGUACAAACUCGAGGGUGAAUUACCAUCCGAAAAUCUUAAGAAGCGCCUUGAACAACUUGAGAAGACCAAGAGUGAGAAAAAGAAGUCGUCUGCAAGCCCCCCUGCAGCCAAAAGAACACGAGCUAGCAAUGGAGGCCCAAUGCCUCCUGCCAAGGCAGGCCGUUCAACAAAUGCUUACGUCUCCUCUUUCCCACCGCCUCCCACAUUCAUCAGGUCGCCUUCACACACCCAAUACGCAUCUCCACCAUACCCCACAUCACCUGCCAUGUAUGGGCAUGGAAAUCGGAGUCCCUCUUAUGCAUACUCUCCAGAAGCCACCCCUCCUACCCUUGUUGGGACAUAUCCAGGCACUCCAGUGAACUACAUUUCAUAUGGAGGCUAUGGCAAUGGAAUGGCACCAGCUUACCCCCAAGCUUACUACUGA